UCAUCCUGAUAUCCAGUGGUUCAUUUCCUUGCCAUUGUUAGCUAUUAACUGCUGCUGAGAUAAAACUUUCUUACCUAUGAGAUCUCCAAAAAGGAAAAUCUUCAAGCCCUAAGGGACUUCACAGAAAACCAUAUACUUAAGCCUUACAUAUAUUUGGUACACAUUUUUGAAGCUUUAAUGCACAAAAUUACAGUCACUUUCUUAAUGGUGCGGGGACUCAGUGUAUAUAGCUAAUACCUAGAUUAUCUUUCUUCCUCUUACACUGUUUACCUGCCUGGGACGGGACCAAAAGGUCAGUUGAACUUACCUCAAAAGUUCGAUUUUUAGCCCUACUUCUUAUCAUGGUACAUUUAUUGUAGGCAUGGGUUAGAAAAGAACAUAACAAAAUGAGAGGAAAAUAUUAAGUGGUUCAAGAUAUUAAUAUUUUUAAAUAAUGAUACUUUAAAAUCAAAAGCAAAUCAGAUCUUUGGAGAAGAGGGAUGAAAAAAGAAUGUCACAUGGUGUAAUAAUAGAGUCCAGGCAACCAGAAUGCUGCUUCGAAGUCUUAAGGAACAAACCAAUCUUCUGGUGUGUCCUUUGCCACCUCCCUUGGAGGUACACAAACUUGCAAGCCACAAUUGGCUGUCUUCCCAAAUUCUGGAAACUUUUCAAGGAUCACAGGAGUUGGUACAAUUUGCUUGAUAAUCUGUGGCAUCCUCUCCGUGGUUUAGCGCAAAUUUUCACAUGUCGGCAUGCAGGUGGUCCCAUCUUUCCCUCCUGCCUCUGAGUGUGCUGGAGAAGAGAAAGGAGUUGGUACACGCACAGUGUUUGUUGGCAAUCAUCCAGUUUCAGAAACAGAAGCUUACAUUGCACAAAGAUUUUGUGGUAAUAGAAUAGUUUCAUCUAAGUAUACACUUUGGAAUUUCCUCCCAAAGAAUCUGUUUGAACAGUUUAGAAGAAUUGCAAAUUUUUAUUUUCUCAUCAUUUUCCUUGUACAGGUCACAGUAGACACACCAACUAGCCCAGUUACCAGUGGACUUCCACUUUUCUUUGUUAUAACUGUUACAGCCAUCAAGCAGGGAUAUGAAGAUUGGCUGAGACACAGAGCUGACAAUGAAGUCAACAAGAGCACUGUUUACAUUAUUGAAAAUGCACAGCGAGUACGAAAAGAGAGUGAAAAAAUCAAGGUUGGUGAUGUAGUAGAAGUACAGGCAGAUGAAACCUUUCCCUGUGAUCUUAUUCUUCUAUCUUCCUGCACUAGUGAUGGAACCUGUUAUGUUACUACAGCCAGUCUUGAUGGGGAAUCCAAUUGCAAGACACAUUAUGCGGUACGUGAUACUAUCACACUGUGUACAGCUGAUUCCAUCGAUAAGCUCCGAGCAGCAAUUGAAUGUGAACAGCCUCAACCUGACCUCUACAAGUUUGUUGGACGAAUUAAUAUCUAUAGUAAUAGUCUUCAGGUGGUUGCCAGAUCUUUGGGACCUGAAAAUCUCUUGUUGAAAGGAGCUACUCUGAAAAAUACCAAGAAGAUAUAUGGAAUUGCUGUUUACACUGGGAUGGAAACCAAAAUGGCUUUGAACUACCAAGGAAAAUCUCAAAAACGUUCUGCUGUUGAAAAAUCCAUUAAUGCCUUCUUGAUUGUGUAUUUAUUUAUCUUACUGACCAAAGCUGCAGUGUGCACUACUCUAAAGUAUGUUUGGCAAAGUACACCAUAUAAUGAUGAACCUUGGUAUAACCAAAAGACCCUGAAAGAGCAUGAAACAUUGAAGGUUUUGAAAAUGUUCACCGACUUCCUGUCAUUUAUGGUUCUAUUCAACUUUAUCAUUCCUGUCUCAAUGUAUGUCACAGUAGAAAUGCAGAAAUUCUUGGGCUCCUUUUUCAUUUCAUGGGAUAAAGACUUUUAUGAUGAAGAAAUUAAUGAAGGAGCCCUGGUUAACACAUCAGACCUUAAUGAAGAACUUGGUCAGGUGGAUUAUGUAUUUACAGAUAAGACUGGAACACUCACUGAAAACAGCAUGGAAUUCAUUGAAUGCUGCAUAGAUGGGCAUAAGUAUAAAGGUGUAGCUCAGGAGGCUGAUGGACUCUCUCAGACUGAUGGACCCUUAACAUAUUUUGACAAAGCAGAUAAGAAUCGAGAAGAGCUCUUUCUGCGUGCCUUGUGUUUAUGUCAUACUGUAGAAAUUAGAGCAAAUGAUGCUGUUGAUGGAACAACAGAAUCAGCUGAAUUAACCUAUAUGUCCUCUUCACCAGAUGAAAUAGCUUUGGUGAAAGGAGCUAAAAAGUAUGGGUUCACAUUUGUAGGAAUUCGGAAUGGCCAUAUGAGAGUAGAAAAUCAAAGAAAAGAAAUAGAAGAGUAUGAACUUCUUCACACCUUAAACUUUGAUUCUGUCCGCCGUCGUAUGAGUGUAAUUGUGAGAACUCAGGCAGGAGACAUACUUCUCUUUUGUAAAGGAGCAGAUUCAGCCGUUUUCCCCAGGGUGCAAAGUCAUGAAAUUGAGUUAACUAAAGCCCACGUGGAACGUAAUGCAGUGGAUGGGUAUCGAACACUUUGUGUAGCCUUCAAAGAAAUUGCUCCAGAUGAUUACAAAAGAAUUAACAGACAGCUCAUAGAGGCAAAAAUGACCUUACAAGGCAGAGAAGAAAAAAUGGAAAAGGUUUUUGAUGAUAUUGAGACAAACAUGAAUUUAAUUGGAGCAACUGCAGUGGAAGACAAGCUACAAGAUCAAGCGGCUGAGACCAUUGAGGCUCUGCAUGCAGCAGGUCUGAAAGUGUGGGUGCUUACCGGGGACAAGAUGGAGACAGCCAAAUCUACCUGCUAUGCCUGCCGCCUUUUCCAAACCAGCACUGAGCUCUUGGAACUGACUACAAAAACCAUCGAAGAAAGUGAAAGGAAAGAAGAUCGAUUACAUGAAUUAUUGAUAGAAUAUCGUAAGAAGUUGAUGCAUGAAUUUCCUAAAAGUACUAGAAGCCUUAAAAAAGCAUGGACAGAACAUCAGGAAUAUGGAUUAAUCAUCGAUGGCUCCACCUUGUCACUCAUACUAAAUUCUAGUCAAGACUCCAGUUCUAACAAUUACAAAAGCAUUUUCCUACAAAUCUGUAUGAAGUGCACUGCAGUGCUCUGCUGCCGGAUGGCACCAUUACAGAAAGCCCAGAUUGUCAGAAUGGUGAAGAAUUUAAAAGGCAGCCCAAUAACACUGUCAAUAGGUGAUGGUGCCAAUGAUGUUAGUAUGAUCUUGGAAUCCCAUGUGGGAAUAGGUAUUAAAGGCAAAGAAGGUCGCCAAGCAUCUAGGAAUAGUGACUAUUCUGUUCCAAAGUUUAAACAUUUAAGGAAGCUACUAUUGGCUCAUGGACAUCUAUAUUAUGUGAGAAUAGCACACCUUGUACAGUAUUUCUUCUAUAAGAACCUUUGUUUCAUUUUGCCACAAUUUUUAUACCAGUUCUUCUGUGGAUUCUCACAACAGCCACUCUAUGAUGCUGCUUACCUUACAAUGUACAAUAUCUGCUUCACAUCCUUGCCCAUCCUGGCCUACAGUCUACUGGAACAGCACAUCAACAUUGACACUCUGACCUCAGAUCCCCGGUUGUAUAUGAAAAUUUCUGGCAAUGCCAUGCUACAGUUGGGCCCCUUCUUAUAUUGGACAUUUCUAGCUGCAUUUGAAGGGACUGUGUUCUUCUUUGGAACUUAUUUUCUCUUUCAGACUUCAUCCCUAGAAGAAAAUGCAAAGGUAUAUGGAAACUGGACUUUUGGAACCAUUGUUUUUACAGUCUUAGUAUUCACUGUAACUCUGAAGCUUGCCUUGGAUACUCAUUUCUGGACAUGGAUAAAUCACUUUGUGAUUUGGGGUUCUUUAGCCUUUUACAUAUUUUUCUCAUUCUUCUGGGGAGGAAUUAUUUGGCCUUUUCUCAAACAACAGAGAAUGUAUUUCGUAUUUGCUCAGAUGCUGUCUUCUGUAUCCACAUGGUUGGCCAUAAUUCUUCUAAUAUUUAUCAGCCUUUUCCCUGAGAUUCUCCUGAUAGUAUUAAAGAAUGUAAGAAGAAGAAAUGCCAGGAGAAAUCUGAGCUGUAAAAGGGCAUCUGACUCAUUAUCCACCAGACCUUCAGUCAGACCUCUUCUUUUACGAACAUUCUCAGACGAAUCUAAUAUAUUGUAACAGAAUCUGCAUCUUGAACUGCCUAUGUUAUUGUCCUACAAGCAUAUUGACAGUGGUUACAGCUAAAAAAGAAAGCAUGAAGAAACAACUACAAAAAAGUUACCAUCUCAGGAUAUUCAAUAUGCAACAAACUAAACCACUCUAUGUUUAGGAUUCAGAAUAAAUGUCCAUUAAUAUAACAAAUGACUCUUAAGCAUUUAUAGUUAUUUUAAGUAGCCAUUAUGGUCAGAGCUCUAGAUUAUGAAUUAUGUGAAAGUUGAAAGCAAGAAUAUUUAGAUUUUCUGGCUUUAGGUAGGAUAAUAUAACUAUCAAAUGGGUGCUCUUUUAACCCAUGAACUCUGUGAAUGGAUUUAAAUACAAUAAUAUAAAGUAGAAGUCAUGCAAUGGGAAUAAAUAGAUUUUGCUAAUACUACUUUUUUUGCCUGGCAGAAGAAAUAGGCUGUUUGGAUCACAUUUCUUAUUCCUGCUGAAUUAUAAUCUUAAAUUAUUUUUUUCAAACAUAAAAGGAAUACUUGAAAAUACAAGAAGACUAAAUGAUAUCAAUACAUCAGAUAGAAUAGCUAAUCCUUUCUGUUCACCCACAUGCUAAUUCUGUCUUGAUAGACUAUCCUUGCCAAAAAAAUAUCUUGAAUACAACACCUAUGUUGAAAAAAUGUUAAUAAUCCUGGGUAUUUUUAUGUGAAUCAAAAUAUAUUUAUUUUUGUUCUUCUGAAUUAAAUCCCACUUAAUUGGUGUAUGGGCUAGUAGAUUUUAAAAUAAAAUAUUUCUAAUCACUUAGCCCCUCAAAAUAACUAAGAUAUCACAGAUUUUUUCCAAUUAUUUUACUUGGUUCUGAGGUAAGGUAGGCAAAACCGUAGUUACACAAAAGUAAAGACCAUUCUGAAUAUCAGUCUUUCAUAAUUUUUUGUGGGGAGGAAGAAAGCUUAUUUCAAACUGUUAAUGGUUUUUAUUCAAAAGAGGCUGCAUUUAUGCAUACAUGCAGCACUUUUUUUUUUACUUGCCAAUUUGGGAAGAAGGGAUCCAUCCCAGGACAGUGGUUCAGCCUGCAGAGUCAUUACUGGGAACAUGAAUGUUGAGUGUUGUCUGUCUCAGCAGACUUGGCAAGGACAAUGGUAUAGCUCUAAACUGGGAGAUUCAUCUUGGUAAAGUCCUCGACUUACUAGGCUCAUAGGAGUUUUUAGCUUCCUAAUAAGUUCACUGAAAACAUAAAAAUUAAUGUGAAAUGUCUUCAUUGAAUGUUAAAAUUAAACACACUUUUUUGGAUAUAAAUUACUAUAUUUGACUACUAGAUUGAAAUGGUCUUUUAAAAAGUGUUUUCACACCAGUUUCCUUUUUUUUUUGGUUGUCUUUCUGGCAUGCCUGUACUAUUUUUAGUGUUCAUAUUGUACCUUGAUUUGGAAAAGCAUUGGACUCAAUCUACAUCAAUGUAUUUAUGUAGUCCAUAUGGCACAUGUGAUUCUACCAUAUAUAUUUUAUGUUAAUGUUUAGGUGUAAUUUUUCUUAAAUUCUAGAGGAGAUGUAAUUUCAGCUCUCAGAAACCAUUCCAUCUUUAUGGACCCUUUUUCAUUAUUUCAUUUGUUCUCAUCUAUCAGUAUUAUUUUUGAGUAUUUUGUUGGGUCAUUCAUGCCUUACUUAAGUGUGGUGUAUUCUGAUAGCCUAUAUUUGAGGUAGUCUGCUGAAAACGAAGUCUAUAUAUUCUUUGCCAAUUCCAAAGAGUUAAAAAAUCAGACCCAGGAAAGCUUUUGAUGUUUUGUUGUUGUUCUUGUUCUUGUUUAUGUAGUUGUUGCUGUAUUGUCAUUGUUGUUUUACGUAAGAACUGUAGGGACUGUGAAUAUACAUUAGAGAGGCACAAUAUAUAGAAAGGCUUGUUUAAUGCAGACCACUGGAGAUUGACAUAAUCCGAAUAUCCAGCAUAGAGGAAAUAUAACUGGUGGCAUCUAAAAUUCUUUGCAGCCAGGAAGAAAAAUGAGUAAGGGGGAUUUAGAGUCAUGUCUCAGCUACACAUUAUACUGCAGCUCACAUUUAUGAUGGCAGUGAUGUAUAAUAUCAUGGCCUAGAUCCUUGAGCAGGACCUGACUUUCCUUUUGGAAAGAUAUUUUAUUAAUGAGCUAAAAAAUGGCUAGCAUGGGGUUAGCAGAUGGAAUAACUGGAAGUAAGCUAUCCAGUAUUCCUAGGGUACAAUUUUAGCCACCUUAUUUUGUGACAGAGAAAGGGGAGAAAUGUAAUAAUAGGAUCACAGACCCAUCAUUUGAAUAAUUUUGAACUAUCAAAAUGUUCUUGUAACUUUCACAACUGUUGUCCAUUGUUUCAGUAUGUUACUUAAUAAACUGAAAACAAAUUCCAUUUCUACAACAUUUACACCAGCAACAGUAUAAAUGUAAGCCUAAAUCUGCAAAAUUCACAAGAAUUUAAUGAUGGGGUUUUUUAAUAACAUGCAGUAUGUAAAUGUGCAGAUUUUAUGCAAGUGUUGACAAAAUCAUUUUUCAGCUUGCAAAACGGUACUGCAGUAUCACAUUUUUCACUUAAGCAGUUUUUUACAUCUACGUUGUUGCUUUCUAUAAUGAAUGUGAAUGCCAUCUUUUAUGAAUGCAAUUUGUCUUUUUCAUUACAAAAAUUUCUGUUUGAUGAAAUCAAUAAACUUUGGUAUGAUAUGA